GUUAAAACGUAUAAAAACUAGAGCAGAAUUAAACAAGUCACUGUACAAGUCGAGUCCUCACAAAGAGCAACAACUUCCAUUCAUAAAAUGUACAAAAUCUUCAUUGUCAGUGCCGUUCUGGCUCUCGCCAGUUCAGUUCCGGUAGACCACCAAGCUACUUCCUACUCAUCUUUUAACGACAAUCAUAAUUCCAUUCAUCACAUCGACUCAGCUCCUUCACACCUAAACAAAUACGCUGCUGCCCCGGUGCCACAAUAUUAUGCCGCCCCAGCUGUUGCUAAAGUAGCUCUUCCAGUAGCCAAAAUUGCCCUACCAGCUGCUCCAGUCUACCAAACUGCCCCCAAAUACUCUUAUGCCCCAGCUCCAGUAUCUUACGCCGCACCUAUUGCUAAAGUAGCCGCUUUACCAGUUGCUACGAAAUACGCCGUUCCUGUAGCGAAGUAUGCUUCUUAUGAUGCCCAUAAGGAGGAGUACGCCCCAGCUCAAUACGAGUUCGCUUACAACAUUGAAGAUGCUCAUACCGGUGACUUCCACUCCCAGCAGGAGCAUCGUGAUGGAGACCACGUUGUUGGACAAUACGCCCUUCACGAAGCUGAUGGUACUGUCAGAAUUGUCAAGUACUCUGAUGAUGGCCAUGGUUUCAAUGCUGUAGUUGAAAGACAAGGACAUCCCACUGAAGCUCCUGUAGCCUAUAAGAAAAUUGUUGCUGCUGCGCCUGCUCCAGCCUAUUAUCAUCACUAAGAAUAAUAUUUUUUUAGGGUUGUUAUUGUAUAUAUUUAUUGAAAUAAAGAAGUAUUUAUUAUUCCAGUUUACAAAAUA